AUGGCGAUUAAGAGCCUCCUUCCUAUCGCUUUUAUGGCUCUUGUCAACUACCUACCAACGACAUUGGCUCAAGCCUCAGCUUGCGCUCCUGGUGGCACCUUUGAUUUAUCUAAGUGGGAACUACAGCUUCCGACUGGCUCGGAUGGAUCGCCGGACUCAGUCUCUGCUUCCAAGCUCCAGGGCUGCGAUGGAUAUCAUUCUGAAUACUUCUUUACUAGCUCUGACGAUAGCUCCCUCGUUAUGAAGGUUCCAGGUGACUCGUCAACCUCUGGUUGUGUCACUACGCCCAACAGCAAACACUGCCGCACGGAGCUCCGUGAGGAAGACCCUUCUACGUGGAGCCCCUCUGAUCAUACCAACCGACUAUUUGGCGAUGUAAUCGUGAAGCAAAUCGAGAAUGACCGAGUUGUGGUUGGUCAGAUCCAUAUCGAUGGCUCGAUCUCCACGAAGCCCGUUUGCGAGCUUUACUACAGUACCACUGGUAACCUCACGAUGGGCGUAAACCGGUGCCGCACUUGUGGCCAGGAUACGUUCAAUAUCGGCCAAAUCCCUGUUGGGCAGAGAUUCACCUAUGAAAUCCGAUACGAGAGUAAUGUUCUAUCCGUUAGCAUCAAUGGCCAGGUUUUCCAGAAGCUCGACACUUUUGAUCUCAAUAGUCCUGCUAGCUACUUCAAGGCCGGCAACUACAACCAGGGCAAUGGUCCCACGGAAGUUCAUUUCUUUAACAUCACUAUCUCUCACUAG